GCUCUGGCGUGUUCCGGUUGCGGCGAGAGGACUGUGGGAUUUGUAGGCGCACAGCUGACAGUGUGGCUACUGUGUGGAUAUCAAACGUCCUGCUCUGUGGUGUCUCCCUCUGCACUAAAUCAUCAUACUGACAAAAGAGGAGGAUGUCCAAGACCACAAAUAAUCCCUUUCAGCAUUUAGUGGAGCCACUGGAACCCACGCAGCCAGACCAACGCUUUUAUAAUCUGACCAAACUUGGAGACCCCAGAUAUGACCGCCUGCCCUUCUCCAUCCGUGUGUUGCUGGAGUCUGCGGUGAGGAACUGCGAUGAGUUCCUGGUCAAGAGCGCAGACGUGGAGAGUAUCCUCAACUGGAAGGAGACCCAGACCAAUACUGUGGAGGUGCCUUUCAGACCGGCACGAGUCAUUCUCCAGGACUUCACAGGCGUCCCGGCGGUGGUGGACUUUGCUGCCAUGCGUGAUGCGGUCAUGAAACUCGGGGGAGAUCCAGAGAAGAUCAACCCAGUGUGUCCCGCCGACCUGGUCAUCGAUCAUUCCAUUCAGGUGGAUUUUAACAGGAAGUCUGACAGUCUUCAGAAAAAUCAAGAUUUAGAGUUUGACCGUAACAAAGAACGAUUCCAGUUUUUAAAGUGGGGCUCUAAAGCGUUCAGAAACAUGCGCAUCAUUCCUCCGGGCUCGGGUAUAGUCCACCAGGUGAACCUCGAGUACCUGGCCCGAGUCGUGUUCAACUACGAGGGCUUCCUGUACCCGGACAGUCUGGUGGGCACCGACUCCCACACCACCAUGAUCGACGGUCUGGGGGUCCUGGGCUGGGGUGUUGGUGGUAUAGAAGCAGAAGCGGUGAUGUUAGGACAGCCCAUCAGCAUGGUCCUGCCCGAGGUAGUGGGGUACAAGCUGUUUGGGACCCCCGAUAAACUCAUCACCUCCACCGACAUCGUCCUCACUGUUACAAAGCACCUCCGUCAGGUUGGCGUAGUGGGAAAGUUUGUGGAGUUCUUCGGGCCUGGCGUCGCUCAGUUGUCCAUCGCAGACAGAGCGACCAUCGCCAACAUGUGUCCUGAGUACGGAGCCACUGCCGCCUUCUUCCCCGUGGACGACGUCAGCAUGCAGUACCUCAAACAGACAGGUCGUGAAGAGGAAAAGCUGAAUUAUAUUACGAAGUACCUGAAGGCCGUGUCCAUGUUCAGAGACUACACAGAUGUCUCUCAAGAUCCUGACUUUACUCAAGUUGUAGAGUUGGAUCUGUCUCAAGUGGUCCCCUGCUGCAGUGGCCCCAAAAGACCUCAGGACAGAAUCCCGGUGUCAGAAAUGAAGAGUGACUUUGAGAGCUGUCUGGGAGCUAAGCAAGGCUUCAAGGGCUUCCAGGUGGAUCCCAAGAGCCACAACAACGUGGUGCCCUUUGAGUUCAAUGGGACCGAGUAUGAGCUGAGCCACGGCUCUGUGGUGAUCGCCGCCAUCACCAGCUGCACCAACACCAGCAACCCCUCCGUCAUGCUCGGGGCAGGUCUCCUGGCCAAAAAGGCGAUAGAACACGGCCUUAGUGUGAAGCCCUACAUCAAGACCAGCUUGUCCCCGGGCAGUGGAGUCGUCACCUACUACCUGAAGGAGAGCGGGGUCAUGGACUACCUCUCUCAGCUGGGAUUUGAGGUGGUCGGUUAUGGCUGUAUGACCUGCAUAGGAAACAGUGGACCUCUGCCUGAGCCUGUGGUGGAGGCCAUUACACAGGGGGACCUGGUAGCAGCUGGAAUCCUCUCUGGGAAUAGGAACUUUGAAGGACGAGUUCACCCAAACACCAGGGCCAAUUAUCUGGCCUCUCCUCCUCUGGUCAUCGCUUACGCAAUCGCCGGGACGAUCAGGAUAGACUUUGAGACGCAGCCCAUAGCCAUUAAUAAUGAAGGUAAGGAGGUGUAUCUACGAGACAUCUGGCCGACCCGAGAGGAGAUCCAGGCUGUGGAGAGAACCUACGUCAUCCCAUCCAUGUUCAAAGAGGUCUACGAGAAGAUCGAGAAAGUGAAUGAGCGCUGGAAUGCUCUGGUAGCUCCUUCCGAUAAACUCUACACCUGGGACCCCAGAUCCACCUACAUCAAGUCUCCUCCAUUCUUCGAGGGUUUGACUAUGGAGCUGCAUCCUCCCAGGUCCAUCAUAAAUGCCCACGUGCUGCUGAACUUUGGAGAUUCUGUGACCACCGACCACAUCUCUCCUGCAGGAAACAUCGCCCGGAACAGCCCCGCAGCGCGCUUCCUCACCAGCAGGGGACUGACGCCGCGUGAAUUCAACUCGUACGGCUCCAGACGAGGGAACGACGCCAUCAUGGCCAGAGGGACCUUCGCCAACAUCCGACUUUUCAACAAAUUCCUCAACAAACAAGCUCCACAGACCAUCCACCUGCCCACGGGAGAGACUAUGGACGUGUUUGAUGCCGCUGAACGAUAUCAACAGUCGGGAGUACCUCUUCUAAUUUUAGCAGGAAAGGAGUACGGAUCGGGUAGUUCAAGAGACUGGGCAGCUAAGGGACCAUUUUUACUGGGUAUCAAGGCAGUUCUAGCCGAGAGUUACGAGCGCAUCCAUCGCAGUAACCUGGUGGGGAUGGGGGUGAUCCCUCUGGAGUACCUGCCCGGGGACACUGCAGACAGCCUGGGCCUCACCGGGAGGGAGCGAUACACUGUGGUCAUUCCAGACAAACUAACGCCCAGAAUGAAGAUCGAUAUUAAGCUGGACACGGGCAAAACAUUCCAAGUUCUGAUGAGGUUCGACACGGACGUUGAGUUGGCGUAUUUCCAUCACGGAGGAAUCCUCAACUACAUGAUCCGCAAGAUGUCCCAAAACUAACCAAGGAAAGAAAGACUCGUAUCUGUGUCCAUGAUUCCAGCAUUCCCUGUAGAUCUACUGAAAUUCUACUGUUAGACAAAGCUGCUACGCACAUGUGAGAACUUUAUUAGAGUACUCUGUCAGGUCAGAAAGCCAUAGUAUACUCCGCAAAAACUGCUAACUACACACGUUUCAAAUGGAUGAAUUCGCUAUUUUAAUCUGUUCUUUACUUAUUUACUUUAUUUAUUUAGUUUGUUUCAAUUAUUUUCUGUACGGUCGGCAAAUACAUUGAAACAAAUCUCAUGAAAUCUACAAAUUAAAGCUGCAUUGUAUAACUUUUCUUAUGAGGAUUCGCCACUUGCUUGUCCCAGAAUGUUCCAGAAUAUGGCAUUAAACAUCCUGUAUUUAUCACCAUGGAGACAAAAGAAACGGCACCAAGCCAAGUUCAGAAUACAUGUUUUCUGAGUUUUUUUUUCUCACCUAUAAUGAAAUAGAUGUUUAAUGUCAUAGUAGGAAACUGGAGGCUGACUCUCAAUCCGAGUAUCAUUCGUUUUUCAAAAUAAAACCAAAAAUAAGAAAACGACAAAACAACUAUUUUCUUCAUUAUUUGUCUCUAAAACCAAAAUGAAAAAAUGGAUAAUAAUUCGUUUUCGUGUUUAAAUGAAUAAUGGAUAACGACCGUUUCCCAUUUAUGUUACUUAAACUGCGAGGCCAGACUGAACCAGGACUAAACCAGGACUGAAGCGUUUCCAGUCCUGGUCUGGUCUUGUCCUGGUCUCAGUCCUGGCGUCAGUCCCAGUCUGGUCAGGGUCCCGGUCCUGUUCUCAGUCCUGGUCGCAGUUCAGGUCUGGUCCCGGUUUCAGUCUCGGACUUGGUCUCAGUCCUGGUCCCGGACUCAGUCCUGUUCUGGUUCUGGUCUGGUCCCGGACAUGGUUUAGUCCUGGGUCAGUCCGGCAUUGCAGUUUAUGUCAUGUAUAUGGGAAACGGUCGUUAUCUGUCUCUUUUUUUUUUUUUUUUUUUCAUUUAAACAUAAAAUUUAAAACUGAAAAAAUGAAACAUUAUCUGUUUUUUCAUUUUGGUUUUGGAGUAAUGAAGAAAAAAAAUGUGUAUCUUUUUUUGUUUUCUUAUUUUUAGUUUUAUAUUGAAGAACAAAUGAACAAAUGACACACGGCUUACUCUCCACAAGAAAAGUUACAUAGUGCAUCUUUAAAUAAAUCAUCUAACAAUCUCUGAAACAAAGAGUAUUCUGAAUUCCAGCGUUUUAAAUGUGUGUAGAUGUUCAGUUUUUGCGGCGUAUAAAACCAGGGACCGUUUGUGUUGAUGCGUCUUUGGUUCAGACAUGCACUAUUUUGAUUGACGGGCUUAGUCUGCCUAUGCUAUGCUAAUAUGAAGUGCAGUGAUGCCCUUAUGUUGUCACGGUAACCACAUAUUCCAUGUCCAUACUGUUUGUUCACGUAAUCAUGUCCGUCGUCCAUCUUCACUCAUCUCUUCACUGUUCAUUGUGUCUUGUUGCCUUAAUAAAUGUGGAGUUGAACUGAACAAGGUGAAAUAAACAAGUGAUUUAUCUUUGA